CCUGGUGCUCAACUGGUCAACCAAAUUCGUGGAACUCAUGUUAUUUGGGGUGUUUUGCAAGGCUAAUUCAAUUACAUAUGAUUUAGCUAAGCAUGGUUGGCUUUAGAUCUUUCAAACUCUCCCUAAUCUUCAAUUACAUAUGCUUGAAGUAACAGUGAGCCCUAGUGAGUGUAGAGAAGAGCGAGCGAUGGCAGUAAUGAAGAGAGCCCUGCGACAAUUCACCUUCGGAGCCGCCAAGACCGCCGGCAGAAACUCCCAAGGCCGCAUAACUUCCUUCCACAGAGGCGGCGGAGCCAAGCGCUUGCAACGAACCGUCGAUCUCAAACGAAACACCACUUCCUCCGUCGGCGUCGUCGAGAGGAUCGAGUACGACCCUAACCGAUCCUCUCACAUCGCCCUCGUUCGCUGGCUCAACGGCAUCCACCCACCCCAACGCCACACCACCACCACAACCACCGCUGUCACCGCUACAACCACCACUAACAAACCCUCUUCCCUCCGGAUCGAUCCCGACACCAGCGUCCGCGGCGUGUUCGCCCUCAAUUCGAUGCUGCCGCCCGUCGGAACAGCCUCCGGGAACGUUUUCUUAUCAACCUUCGGAAGAAAACCCAAUUCUGAAUCUGAAGCGGUGUCUAUGCCGUUAGGGUUGCCGAGGAUCGCUGUGGCGGCGGCGAGGCCGGCGUUCUUCGCGCCGCGGGUGAAAGGGGAGGAGGAGCUGGAGGUUCGGAAUUGGAAGAGGAAUAGCAAUGUUUGGGCGCAUAGGAACAAACGUAAAGCUGCGAUUUCAUGGCAUAACAUUUGAGUUUGAAGCUCUGUUUGUAACCCUGAAUUUAAUCACUUUUUUAGUUUACUUUUAUUUUUGCAUCUUAAUUGUUGGUUGAAUUUUAGUUGAGGACUGUGUUUCCUCUCUGAAUGUUAAGGGCAUAAGGCAUGAAUUGGUGAUGAUGAAUGACAAUUUAGGUUUUUCCCCUC